CAAAAAAGUAACUGACACUCAGUCACACCCAAUUAUACAUCAAACUGACACACAAAAACUAUGUCAAGUUAGGCGAUACCUAUUUACGGUCUUUUUUGUCGCAAUCGCAAUGCCUCCAUUCCGGUUAGAACAUAUCCCUUACAACCCAUCAGAACGUGUUAGAAAAUCCAUCUACCACAGCAAAAAAAUCUACAGUCCUGGAGUGAAGGUAUCCAACUGGGAAAGUCAUCAAUUCUGCCAACCAGUUGAUAAUGAUCCUUGCAAUCCUAAGUGUCCAAACCUCCAUCUGUCACAUUAUAAUCAGUUAGGAUGGUACGAAGAUGUUGAAUGGACAACUACUACUGGUGACGCUUUGCAACAAAUCUACAGUAGAAGGAAGGAGUUGGAGGUCAAUCCUCACAAGACUAUCAUCAACUUACACAGCGGGGUAUACGACUGCGAUGAUACAACAGAAAUAUCUCCAUACUGUCCUGUUGAAUAUGAUGACAUUUACCUAUCUACAGCUCAUUAUAGCUAUCCACCGCCUUAUCCCUGCGUACUCAGGAGAGUAUCUAUGCCAAAAACACCAUUCUUCCUGAACAGCAUAGUAUGGAGGCAGACAAAUGAAAAGCAAUCAAGUGGUUGUGGACAACUGAAAACAUCAGUAUGUUAAUGCGCAAAGAGGUUGACAAUUGACAUCUACAAAUCUUGUUUAUUACUAGUUCCGUAUAGUAAACUUUGUGAUUCUUGAGCUGUAUACGAACCUAGUGUGAUCAGAAGGUAUAAUGGGCAAAGAGCAUUAUGCGAUUUUUCACAUUAUCAGGAAGCCUACUUUUUGUACUUCAACAGGAAAUUAAAUAGCACUGGUGGUACUGGAAAGUUUCGAGAUGAUGACUAUAAAGACCAGACCAAGAGAUUACAGCAGUACAAACAGGGAAGACAAGUGUCUUACAACCCUUGUACAGGGGAGUACUCGGACGGAACUCCCGGAUUUGUUGAACAAUUUAAUUGCGUACCGAUUAGUUAUUGAUGUAAUAAAUGACCCUAAUUGGAGCAAUAAUAAAAAUUCUAGCAACUAA